CAACGAACCUCCAGAGAGAUUGGAUACGUUUAUUAAUCUUUAAAAAUAUUAUUAACAUGAUGAAAACUAUAAACAUUCGUUAGAUUUACAGUGUUGAGAUAUUGCAGUGACACACAGUAAUAAAGGCUGAAGAAUUGCCGAAAAAGAAUGUCAAUCAUAUAACAUUAAAGCAAUCGUAACCAAUGGAGGAGUACAAAAAUCAGUUUACCACACCUGGAAGCCGAAACUGGCUGAAAGGGUCAGUGGCAGUGAACGUUACAAAACGUGGACUAGCUCCGUUCGCUUGUAAGGUUUGUGAUGUAAUUCGCGUUGAACAGUUAACAUUGGCAAUAAAACAACAUUUUCCUGACCUCUGUGAAAAUUGCUCAAUUGUUGAAGUUAUACCGUGUGACCCUAAUAACAACAUCUGUAAUUCAGGACAAUGCCGUUUUCACAAGGGGCGUAUUUUUCGUCCGUGCCCUAUAGUCAAAUGUAACGAUUAUCGUAACACUGUUAUCGACAAAAUCCAUAAAGGUAUUGAUAUUGGUUGUCAUUGCAAUAGCUGCAGGACAACUGAAAUUGUACCGUGUAAUCCAAGAAAUAAAGUUUGUACUUCGAGUAAGUGCAGAUUCCAUAUGGACCCAAAUACGAAACAAUACAUUCCUACAAGGCCAUGCCCGAAUAACAUUUGUGGUACGCUACGGAAUUCCAUAGAGCAGAAACAUAGAUUUGGGAAUCCAUCAUGGAAGAACACCGAUGCAAGAAAAUGGUGUGUUAACGCUUGGGAUAUUGCUAAGUGCUUUAUGCCUCCAGAUGGCUACGCAGAAGUGGACAAUGAAACAGACACAGACUUGAACGGAAUUAUCAGUGUAUACAUCAACUGUGAAGAAUUCCAACAGUAUUUUACAGCUGACCUGUCUAAUCGACAGAACAUAUGCGACAAGGUCCGGGAUGUCGGGAAGAAUAUUCGCCAUGCGCCAGGAUUGGAGGUUACUGACGAUGACUUGAAUGUCUGGCUAUCUGAUCUGAAAGCAUUGUUUUCUGACCCAGCAUUCAGCAAAGGCAACCCUCUUGCAAAAGACGCAUUAGACCAGUUGUAUCAGCUGGAGAAUGACGAACUUAUUAUAGAGAGGUCAGAGGAUCUGGAAAUGAAGAUGGAAGAAGUUCUGAAACAAAAUGUAAUUUCCGGGAUGGAUAGCUUUAAAUCAGAAUUAAAAGACACACUUAUAAAAUACCACCGCGAACACAACUGUACGCUCAUGAUUGGUCCCUUCGUUGAAUGUGGAAAUGACGGACUUGAAGACUUCUAUGUUCCUCCAAACAUUAGUAGAGUUAUUCUUCAGUCUAGAGAGAAGAACAAACCUUUAAAAGAACCUCUCACGAGUUUGGACCAGUUGCUCAUCUCCAAGCAGAUUAUCGUUCUUACUGCAGACGCCGGCGUAGGAAAAACAUCGUUUUGUAAGUUUUUAGUUGUUUUGUGGUGCGCGGUGAAAGAGGGAAUGACCGAUUUCAUAGCGAAGCUUAGUGACACUCAAAACUUUUUCAGUGAAAUCGAAUGCUUAGAUAAGUUCACAUAUUUAUUUUACAUCCAGUUACGUGGAAAUCAAUGCAAUACUUUAGAGGAUAUCAUUUUCUCUCAUACAAAAUCAGUUCACACCGAAUUAUCUAGGGAUAACAAGGCUUUUGGUGAGCUUCUUUCGAACGAAAACGGCUUGUUCAUUUUAGACGGAUUAGAUGAAUGUGACAUUCCUUCUCUCAUGCCCUUAGCCGCCAAUAGAAAGUACUCUAUUCUCAUAACAUCACGUCCUUGGAAACUUGCAAGUAUAAACAUGCCCAGUGAAAGUACAUAUACACAUGCACAAGUUGACAUUAUGAACCCGGAAGUGUCAGAAAAGCUUGUGUUACAUUCAAACAAUUGUUUGAACAAACAUUUCAGCACCUCAUAUAAUGUUGAUGACUUCUUAUCUAUUAUUAAAAAUCAGCAUUUAGAAUCUCAUCUCCAAAAUCCUAUGUUAACCUUGCAGUUGUUAUGUGUCUAUCACGAACAACGCAGUGAGAAUAAAACAUGUCAGGAUAACGUUACCGGGGACAGUCCGUGUACAGAAUACGAUGCAACGGCUGUAUCUGAUAAGAAGGAUUUGACGUACCUUGGUAAGACAAGGUCGCAUAUAUACGCAAACAUGUUAGAACUGAUGCUACGUAGUGUCGAAAAAAAGGAGGAAUCACUCGUACAAGGUCUGAGUGAGUUAUAUAAGAAAAACGGUCAAACAUAUACCCUCCCCAAAUGCUUUGAUGAAAGAAAUUACACAUGCAGUGACUUGGCCGAACUAAUUAACGAUAUUGGAAAAUUGGCUGCCUUUUCACUCUUAGACGAUACAAAAUAUGUCAUAGAGGAACACCAAAUUAGAAAACUUAAGAAAGAGGAAACGACGGUACUUCUCAAAUCUGGACUUCUUUCGAAAACAAGCUUGAAAACACUAUCAGAGGAGAGCAAUACGUACACAUUUUUACAUCAGACUUAUAAGGAGAUGCUUGCCUGUGUAUUUCUUUCUUCCCAAGAUUUCGAAAGUGAUGUUUGGAAAAACUUUAUAAAGAAGUUUGAAUCUGUUAUGUCACCCGAUAUUUUGUCGUUUUUAUGUGUAAUGAACUAUGAACAAGGAUGCAAGUGUUUAGAUAUUUUUAAUAAAAAAAAACGUUUCUUUUAUUGGGACGGUUUAUAUUACACUUCUGAGCUUGAAGACUAUCAUUCUACAAUUGAAAUGGCCCACAAAGAGUGUUUCAACAAUGGAAUUGGAAAGCCUCAAAUUACGUUAAAACACGCUUUGCUCCAAUCGGAUUUUGUAAUGGAACCUGAUAAUGAACAUUUCCAAAAAAGCGCAUUAGAUUUGGAAACAAUUUUCAUAAUCAAGUAUACGUUCACUACAGCAAUGCAUCCGAAAAUAUUACCUGCUUCAUUGGUUAUCUUAUAUGUAAAAGACACUACGUUCCGCGAUGACCAUAUCGACCUUUCGAAUUGUACACAUCUCAUCAACAUAAAUAUAGUGAACACCCGUCUAUCACAGUUCACAAUCAACCCGUCUUCCCUUGAAAUAUUCUGGGUUUACGUGAAACCAGAGCUGAUACAAGAGAUACCACCAAUGAAGGUGUCCUUUGUUGGCGGGUCGCAGUUCUCUGGCAGUCUACAGGAGCUCAUUUUAGUGAACGUUACACUUGAUGUUACCCUCGAUAUGUCAAAUUGUCAAAAUUUACAAUAUCUAGUUAUUGGAAAUAUCUCAUAUGAAACAUUGAUAGAAAACAACGUUGUAAACAACAUACACCGCUGUUAUGCACUACAGAAACUUCGCCUUGAUACAUUGACAUUUCCUGCAGAUACACACCUGGAUCUUAGCAGUCUCAAACAUCUAUCUAAUAUAACUAUAGAGAACAGCCGCCUAACACACGUCACCAUCAACCCGUCUUCCCUUGAAAAAUUCUGGGUUUACGUGAAACCAGAGCUGAUACAAGAGAUACCGUCAAUGGAGGUGUCCUUUGUUGGUGGGUCGCAGUUCUCUGGCAGUCUGCAGAAGCUCAGAUUAAUGCACGUUACCAUGGAUGUUACCCUCGAUUUGUCAAAUUGUCAAAAUUUACAAAAUCUAGUUAUUGAAAAUAUCUCAUAUGAAACACUGAUAGAAAACAACGUUGUAAACAAUAUACAACGCUGUUAUGCACUACAGGAACUUCGCCUUGAUACAUUGACAUUUCCUGCAGAUACACACCUGGAUCUUAGCAGUCUCAAACACCUCUCUAAGAUAACUAUAGCGAACAGCCGCCUAACUCACGUCACCAUCCACCCGACUUCCCUAGAAAUGUUCUGGGUUUACAUGAAACCAGAACUGAUACCAGAGAUACCGCCAAUGAAGGUGUCCUUUGUUGGAGGGUCGCAGUUCUCUGACAGUCUACAGAAGCUCAGUUUAGUGCACGUUACCAUGGAUGUUACCCUCGAUUUGUCAAAUUGUCAGAAUUUACAAAAUCUAGUUAUUGAAAAUAUCUCAUAUGAAACAAUGAUAGAAAACAACGUUGUAAACAACAUACAACACUGUUAUGCACUACAGGAACUGAAACUUUUCACAUUGACAUUUCCUACAGAUACACACCUUGAGCUUAGCAGUCUCAAACAUCUAUCUAAGAUAAAUAUACAUGACAGCCGCCUAACACAGGUCACCAUCAACCCCACUUCCCUAGAAAAGUUCUGGGUUUACGUGAAACCAGAACUGAUACCAGAGAUACCGCCAAUGAAGGUGUCCUUUGUUGGAGGGUCGCAGUUCUCUUGCAGUCUACAGAAGCUCAGUUUAGUGCACGUUACCAUGGAUGUUACCCUCGAUUUGUCAAAUUGUCAGAAUUUACAAAAUCUAGUUAUUGAAAAUAUCUCAAAUGAAACAAUGAUAGAAAACAACGUUGUAAACAACAUACAACACUGUUAUGCACUACAGGAACUGAACCUUUUCACAUUGACAUUUCCUACAGAUACACACCUUGAGCUUAGCAGUCUCAAACAUCUAUCUAAGAUAAAUAUACAUGACAGCCGCCUAACACAGGUCACCAUCAACCCGACUUCCCUAGAAAAGUUCUGGAUUUACGUGAAACCAGAACUGAUACCAGAGAUACCGCCAAUGAAGGUGUCCUUUGUUGGAGGGUCGCAGUUCUCUGGCAGUCUACAGAAGCUCAGUUUAGUGCACGUUACCAUGGAUGUUACCCUCGAUUUGUCAAAUUGUCAGAAUUUACAAAAUCUAGUUAUUGAAAAUAUCUCAUAUGAAACACUGAUAGGAAACAACGUUGUAAACAACAUACACCGCUGUUAUGCACUACAGGAACUUCGCCUUGAUACAUUGACAUUUCCUGCAGAUACACACCUAGAUCUCAGCAGUCUCAAACAUCUCUCUAAGAUAAAUAUACAGAACAGCCGCCUAACACACGUCACCAUCAACCCGUCUUCCCUUGAAAAAUUCUGGGUUUACGUGAAACCAGAGCUGAUACAAGAGAUACCGUCAAUGGAGGUGUCCUUUGUUGGAGGGUCGCAGUUCUCUGGCUGUCUACAGAAGCUCAGUUUAGUGCACGUUACCAUGGAUGUUACCCUCGAUUUGUCAAAUUGUCAAAAUUUACAAAAUCUAGUUAUUGGAAAUAUCUCAUAUGAAACAUUGAUAGAAAACAACGUUGUAAACAACAUACAACGCUGUUAUGCACUACAGAAACUGAAACUUUACACAUUGACAUUUCCUGCAGAUACACAUCUGGAUCUCAGCAGUCUCAAACAUCUAUCUAAGAUAACUAUACAGAACAGCCGCCUAUCACAUGUCACCAUCCACCCGACUUCCCUAGAAAUGUUCUGGGUUUACAUGAAACCAGAACUGAUACCAGAGAUACCGCCAAUGAAGGUGUCCUUUGUUGGAGGGUCGCAGUUCUCUGGCUGUCUACAGAAGCUCAGUUUAGUGCACAUUACACUGGAUGUUACCCUCGAUUUGUCAGAUUGUCAGAAUUUACAAACUCUAGUUAUUAAAAACAUCUCAUAUGAAACAUUGAUAGAAAACAACGUUGUAAACAACAUACAACGCUGUUAUGCACUACAGGAACUGAACCUUUUCACAUUGACAUUUCCUGCAGAUACACACCUAGAUCUCAGCAGUCUCAAACAUCUAUCUAAGAUAACUAUACAGGACAGCCGCCUAACACACGUCACCAUUUACCCGACUUCCCUUGAAAAGUUAUGGGUUUACGUGAAACCAGAACUGAUACCAGAGAUACCGCCAAUGAAGGUGUCCUUUGUUGGCGGGUCGCAGUUCUCUGGCUGUCUACAGGAGCUCAGAUUAGAGCACAUUUCACUGGAUGUUACCCUCGAUUUGUCAAAUUGUCAGAAUUUACAAAAUCUAGCUAUUAAUAAUAUCUCAUAUGAAAAAAUGAUAGGAAACAACGUUGUAAACAACAUACAACGCUGUUUUGCACUACAGGAACUGAACCUUGACACAUUGACAUUUCCUGCACAUACACACCUAGAUCUCAGCAGUCUCAGACAUCUCUCUAAGAUAACUAUACAGGACAGCCGCCUAACACAUGUCACCAUUUACCCGACUUCCCUUGAAAUGUUCUGGGUUUUCGUGAAACCAGAACUGAUACAAGAGAUACCGCCAAUGAAGGUGUCCUUUGUUGGAGGGUCGCAGUUCUCUGGCAUUCUACAGAAGCUCAGUUUAGCGCACGUUACCAUGGAUGUUAACCUCGAUUUGUCAAAUUGUCAGAAGUUACAGAAUCUAGUUAUUGAUGAUAUCUCAUAUGAAACAUUGAUUGAAAACAACGUUGUAAACAACAUACAACGCUGUUAUGAACUACAGGAACUUAGCCUUGACACAUUGACAUUUUCUGCAGAUACACACCUAGAUCUCAGCAGUCUCAAACAUCUCUCUAAGAUAAAUAUACAGAACAGCCGCCUAACACACGUCACCAUCAACCCGUCAUCCCUUGAAGAAUUCUGGGUUUACGUGAAACCAGAACUGAUACAAGAGAUAUCGUCAAUGAAAGUGUCCUUUGUUGGUGGGUCGCAGUUCUCUGGCAGUCUACAUGAGAUCAGUUUAGUGCACGUAACCAUGGAUGUUACCCUGGAUUUGUCAAAUUGUCAGAAUUUACAAAAUUUAGUUAUUGAAAAUAUCUCAUAUGAAACAAUGAUAGGAAAUAACGUUGUAAACAACAUACACCGCUGUUAUGCACUACAGGAACUGAACCUUGACACAUUGACAUUUCCUACAGUUACACACCUAGAUCUCAGCAGUCUCAAACAUCUCUCUAAGAUAAAUAUACAGAACAGCCGCCUAACACACGUCACCAUCAACCCGUCUUCCCUUGAAGAAUUCUGGGUUUACGUUAAACCAGAGCUGAUACAAGAGAUACCGUCAAUGAAGGUGUCCUUUGUUGGUGGGUCGCAGUUCUCUGGCAGUCUACAUGAGCUCAGUUUAGUGCACGUAACCAUGGAUGUUACCCUGGAUUUGUCAAAUUGUCAGAAUUUACAAAAUCUAGUUAUUGAUGAUAAUCUCAUAUGAAACAUUGAUUGAAAACAACGUUGUAAACAACAUACACCGCUGUUAUGCACUACAGGAACUGAACCGUGACACAUUGACAUUUCCUGCAAAUACACACCUAGAUCUCAGCAGUCUCAAACAUCUCUCUAAGAUAAAUAUACAG